GAUGGCAGUCCUUGGUUCAGCGUGCUGGAAAUGUUUGAAGUUCUGAAGCAGAAAGGACAUGAAAUAGUCGUCGUUGCACCUGAAGCCAAUAUAAACAUAAAGGCAUCAGAGAAUUUUGUUAUGAAAUCCUACACGGUCCCUUUCACACAGGAAGAGAUGGAUGGCAAUUUCCACACAUUUUUUAAGGGCGCAUUUGAAAAAGGAUCAUUUCUGGAAAGAUUUCAUGGACUGCAAGAAAAAGUAAAAAGACUCUUUGAUUUAGGUUUCAUAUCCUGUGAACAGUUACUGCACAAUGCAGAACUUAUCAGAUAUCUUGAGGAGAGUAACUUUGAUGCUCUCUUUACGGACCCUGUGUUCCCUUGUGGAGCAAUACUGGCCGAGCACCUUUCCAUCCCUUCUGUGUAUUUCAUGAGGGGAAUGCCAUGUGGAUUAGAUUUUGAGGCCACCCAGUGUCCCAAUCCCCCUUCUUAUAUCCCCAGGGCACUUACAGACCAUACAGAUCACAUGAACUUCCUCCAGCGUGUCAAGAAUGUCAUCUUUGACACCUCCAAUCUUUUCCUCUGCAAUUUUUUUUUCCAACCAUAUGAAAAACUGGCUUCUGAGUUCCUUCAGCGAGAUGUGAUGGUAUUAGAUCUCUUAGGCAAGGCUUCCAUUUGGCUCAUGAGGUAUGACUUUGUGUUAGAUUAUCCAAGACCAUUGAUGCCCAACAUGAUCGUAAUUGGAGGAAUAAACUGUGUUCACAAGCAGCUCUCUCAGGAAUUCGAAGCCAUUGUAAAUGCUUCUGGGGAACACGGUAUUGUUGUCUUCUCGCUGGGCUCCAUGGUCUCCGAGAUCCCCAUGAAGAAAGCCAUGGAAAUUGCAGAUGCCUUGGGAUCAGUCCCUCAAACGGUUCUGUGGCGAUACACAGGAGAGGCGCCCCCCAACCUGCCAAAGAACGUGAAGCUUGUCAAGUGGCUGCCACAGAAUGACCUCCUAGCUCACCCUAAGACUCGUGCCUUCAUUACCCAUGGAGGCUCACAUGGUAUUUAUGAGGGCAUAUGCAAUGCAGUGCCAAUGGUGUUAAUGCCUUUAUUUGGAGACCAGAUGGACAAUGCGAAACGAGUGGAGUCACGGGGAGCAGGAUUGACACUGAAUAUACUAGAAAUGACUUCGAAAGACAUAUCCGAUGCCCUGAAAGCAGUUAUCAAUGAUAAAAAGUACAAAGAGAACAUCCAGCGUCUCUCAGAGCUUCACCUUGACAGGCCCAUCCACCCUCUGGACCUGGCUGUGCACUGGGUAGAGUUUGUCAUGAAACACAAAGGGGCCCCACACCUGCGCCCUGCUGCCCAUGACCUGAACUGGAUCCAGUAUCACUCUCUGGACGUCUUUGCCUUCCUCCUGGCUGUGGUCCUCCUCAUCCUCUUCAUUUCUGUGAAGUGCUGCAUGUUCUGCUGCCGCAGGUGCUGCUUUAAGAAGGGGAGAAAAAGCAAGUCAGGGAAAUCAAAGACCCACUAGCAGAUGAAAACACUGAUGGGAGGCGAGACCUCUGCUCCAGACCUCAAGGAUCAGAAAACACCUUAAAUUUCACUAAAAUAAUUACUAGCUUUCAAUCAAGAAAUAAUUUAAUUCCCUUAGACUAACACCAAGUGUUGUUUCAUUGAUAUUUUUUGUCUUUAAUUAAGAAUUAGUUGUUAAAAUAAUUUGUACAGUAGUGCUUCAGUCACUUGGGAAGAUAUCAGUGCGAAGUCCAAGGUGCCUGGCUUCCACUUCUUGAUGUACAGAGGCCUCGUGGUCGCAUUUUUUUUUAACCUCCUUAUGUAAUGGAGAAAUAUGGGAUUUCAUAUGCCUUUGCUCUGAGGGCUCUGUGAGCACCAUUUGCUCUACCGUGUAAGAUGGAACCGCUUUGAAAUCUUUGUACAGCUGUUGCUAUAGAAGAGGCAAAUGUUAUAAUCUGACAUUGUAUGUCACAUAAGCCAAGCUAGCUGCACAUCUUAUGUAGGCUUUGUGUGUGUUUACAAUACCUGGGCUCGAGCCACUCUUCAGCAUGGAAGUGGUUGUAAAGCCACUGGUGUUUCACCAAGUUCCCCAUUGGGCAGAGAUCCGUCUCUGGAGCUCGCCAGUUGGGCAGUGUGACCUUUGGAAGCAGUUUUUAAAAACUAUCUGAUUGAUGCUCUGUAAAUGAUGUUAAGGGAAAAACCCAACCCCCAGUCCUUCAAAUAAAUCCCCAAUACAGUAA